AUGCGCGUGGAACUAAGCGACGACGGAGGGUAUCGCCUGGACCAGGAGGAGGCGAUUGGUGACCUUCUGCAGAGCAACGGGCUUACAGACGCGAAUGCUACACUAACACUGAUCGAAAACCAUAGCAAAGACGAGCAGCAAAGCGACGCGGAGCUUUUUGGAUCAGUGAAUGCGCCUCCGGAACCGACGGUGCGCGAUUUAAAAUCGCUGGUCGCGAAGCGCAUCGCGCGCUAUCUAAAGGGGACUGCGAAGCUGAAGAUCACGAUGAAGCCUUCCCAAUCUGACAACGCAGCGGCGCUGCAUUGUCAAAACGUGUCACUUGAUGCGUUCAGUGACGCCGACUUUGCGGGCGACAGGGCAGACAGAAAGUCGAUGACGGGCGGCGUGCUCCUACUGAAUGUUAUGCCGAUAAGAUGGGACGCGCGCAAACAGGGUGGAGUGUCGCUGUCGACGAUGGAGGCGGAGUUUGUGGCCGCCAGCGAGAUCGCGUGGAAAAUGCUAGGGGUGCAAGAGAUGCUAAUGGAGAUCGGGCUUUCGCCAGCGCUGCCCAUGCAGCUGCCCAUCGACAUCCAGGCGGCUAUAAGCCAGAUUGUCGUUGAAGGCAAAGCGCGUGGACUUCCGCUACAAGUUCUCAUGCUUUCCGGUCGAUGUAGAUUUAUCGAAGCGCGCUACGUCAUGUCCGAGCUGAUGCUCGCGGACCUGCUGACGAAGGCACUGGAUAGGAAUAAGCUUAGGACGUUGCGCGUGCUUAUGAAGAUCGGUUAG